UGAAAAAUUGAUUUAAAAUUUCUUUCAAUUUUUGAAGUUAAAAUUAUAAUAUAAUCUAAAAUAUAUAAUAUAUAUUAUAUAUAUUAUAUAUAUAUAUUAUAAAUAUAUUAUAUAUAGGGGAAUAGUGUCAGGGUUGGACACUUGUCAGGGUUGGACACUUGGCUUUUUUUAAAUAAGAACACUAGCGCCACCUGUGUGCGUACGUGACGAAUCUUCUAGUAGUAUAACCUAACUUUUUGUGGCAUUACAUUUUUGGAGAAUCAAAAGUAGCGUCUCUUGUGACUUCGGUGCAAUCGAAGAGACAAAAAAAGUUUUGUUUGACUUGUGAAUAAACCUAAAAAAUGUGUAAAAAAAGCAAGAAUUCGGCAAGAUAAGCUUAUUGAAUGUAUUGUGGGGUACAUAAUUUAAGAAGAAAAAAAGUGAAAAAUCGAAUCGCGACACAUGUCUAGUUAUGGUUAGCACAAUUCGAAAAUGAUGCUUCUAGUUAGGGUUGGACACUUUAUACAGUUAGGGUUGGACACCCAUAUUAAUUAUGAAUUUGACACAAUUUAUAAAUAAAUUUUAUUUUAUUGAUAUUUCAGUGCAAAAUUGUGCCAAAGAUAUUAGAAAAAUAAUACUUAAAUUGUAUAAAUUUUGUUCAUCAUUUCAUUGAGUUAUUUGGAACAAUAAAGCGUUAUUUUUUAUAAUUUGAGUUCAUUCCUUUUUUAAACCCAUGAAGCUUUACAAUUUGUAAACAAUUGGGAACGGCGAAAAGUCGAUACGCUAUCUGGUGGCGAAAAUGUGAAUGAGAAGGAAUGAGUCGCUGGCAAUCAAAAUACAUGUGACACAUGUAAACAAUUGAUAUUUUAUCUUUUAUUUUCUAAAAAAGUCAAGUGAUAAAAGUAUAAAAAUGGAUUUUGGAGUAACAUUUACUCCUACUCAAUCAAAAAGUAAAAUUUUUUGCUCAGUUUUCGGGUGUUCUAGCAAAAAGUGCAGGGAAACAAGUCUUAGUUUUCAUAAGUUUCCGAGAGCUGGAGAAUUGAAAGUUGAUUUCGAAAAUAAAUUUGGAAUUAAGGAACAAAUUGACAGGAGAGUAUUAUGGGAAAAACAAUUAAAAAUGGGUAAAAAGGUUACAAAUUAUAUGACGGUUUGUUCGCUCCAUUUUACGAAAGAUGAUUAUUCUCUUUAUACUGGACCAGAUCAAGCAGCUAAAGCUCGAUACCUGAAAAAAACUGCUGUACCUUCGGUUAAUUUACCAAAGUCGACUGUGGAAAUAAAUCAAAGUGAUAAGAAAAAACAAUGCGAUGAGAAGAGAAAACUUCGAAUGGAAGAGCGAGAAAAAAGACUUUUGAACGAAAACGAUUCUACUUGUGACUGCCUUUUUAACAAUAAUGAAAAUAAUGAGGAAAGCGAAAUUUUCUCUGCUGAAGGAAACAUUGAAAAUACCCCUUCUGUUGCAAACCCUGAAAUUCAAGAGCCUAUCGAAGAAAUCAAAGAAAAUUUUAUGAAAGAUGCUCAAACACAAGUGACAAGUGGAGAUUUUAUCACUACUUUUUUUAUCUUUCUCAAAAACGACCAGCAGUUGAGCACGGCCACUGGGAUUCCGAAUUUAAAAUUGUUUGAUAAUAUUGUGAAGUCUUUUGAAAUAGCCGCUCCUCAGUUAAAAAAUCACACUCGUGUUUUGACCGCAAAAGAUAGGGUUUUGUUAACACUUUUGAAAUUGAAACAAAAUUUAUCUUAUGCGUUUCUCUCACUUUUAUUCCCGACCGUAGCUCCGAGAUAUUGUUCAGAGAUAAUUUGCAAUUCGAUAGAUAUUUUGUAUGAAGUUUUAACACCAUAUAUUCACUUUGCAUCGAAAGAUGAAAUUCUUAGAAAUAUUCCUCACUGUUUCGACGAUUACUCCGACACCAGAAUAAUUUUGGAUUGCACCGAAAUUGAAAUUCAAAAGCCAAAAAAUGUGUGCUGCCAAAUUUCUACAUAUUCUCAUUACAAAGGAAGACACACAGUUAAGUUCUUGACAGGAGUAACACCUGGUGGAAUUAUAUCUUUUUGCUCCAAAGCCUACGGUGGUCGAGUUUCUGAUAAAUCCAUUUUUGAACAAAGCGGUUUAAUUGAAAUUCUAGAGGAAAAUUCCGCAAUUAUGGUGGACAAAGGCUUUUUAAUUGACGAAGUGUGUGCCGAUAACAACAUAAAAUUAAUAAGGCCCUCGUUUUUCAAUAAAAAUCAAAGCCAGUUUUCUGAAAAUGAUGCUGUGGAAUCUUCAAAUAUAGCAAGUGCAAGAGUACACGUUGAAAGACUUAACCAAAGAAUAAAAGUUUUCGACAUUUUGGGCGGCAAAAUGUCUUCAUGCUUGGUACCAAAAAGUGAAAAAAUUAUGUUUAUUUGCUGUGCUCUUGCGAAUUUAACCUCCCCGGUUUUCAAAGAUAAUAAAUUUAAUGAGUGAUAAAUAAUACAGGGGUCAAAUAUUUUCUUAAGAAAUAAAACAGAAAAUUACAUAAAAUGUUAUUUUUAUUAAUAAAACUGUACAAAUUUGUUUUUG